AUGUCGGAACCUACGUAUCGUUUUGAACUCGCCAAGCAGGGCCGUGCGCUUUGCCAGAACAGUGCAUGCAAGCAUGCAGGCGUCAAGAUCGGGAAAGGAGAAUUCCGCAUGGGUACGCUCGCUGUAAUCGACGGAAACUCGUCCUGGAGGUGGAAGCAUUGGGGAUGCGUUACGCCUCUUCAGAUUGGUAACCUGCAAACCCAAGUGGGUCCACUUGAGGACCUGGACCUUGACGACGAUCUACCACGCAUCAUCGACGGCUAUGAGGAGAUCGACGACGAGGCACGCGAGAAGAUCAAAUUUGCCCUGCACAAUGGUCAUGUUCCGGACGAAGAUUGGAAGGGUGAACCAGAGUUGAAUCGACCAGGCAAGAAAGGUAUCAACAAGCGAACUCCGAAAAAGAAACCCGUUGAGGAGGAUGGAGACCCUAUUGACGAGAAAGGGGAGACGCCCUCGAAGCCGAAGCCAAAGGGAGGGCGCGGCAAGAAAGCCAAGGCUGAGUCGGGAGUUGAAGCUGACGUGCCAGCGCCAGCGCCGAAGAGAAAGGCCGCUGGAAAACGUAAUGUCAAAGUUGAGGAAGAGGAUGACGCUGAUGAAAACCCUCCUCCAACAAAAAGAGUCAGAAAACGAAAGGCCGCGGUCAAAGAGGAAGACGAGGAGGACCGAGUGGCAGAAGAGAAGCUCGCGAAGAAACCAAGAGCUCAAAAGGUCAAAGUGGAGAAUGAGGAAGAGACAACCACGGCACCUGCUAAGAGAUCGCGGGCCAAGAAACCCAAGGUCGAGGAGCACGAUGACGAAGAUAUGCCAGACGCACUUCAGCCUGAACCAGCAAAGCGCGAGCGGGUCCGCAAGGGAAAGAACGUGUCCGCAAAUCCUGAAGGAGGCAAGAAUGAAGUCAAGCCAUCAAUCUCACAUGACCCUGGUGAACUUGAUGAUCUGCCCGCAGAAACGAAGCCCUCGAGUAAGGCAAAGACAGUCAAGCGCGGACGCAAGGGCAAAGCCAUCAAGCAAGGAGAGGCUGAGGAGGACACACACGACGCACACGAGGCUUCAGCAAGGGGCGAAGCGGAUCCAGAGACCACGAUCAGAACCACCGACGAGACCACCGACGAAACCAAGCCAAACGUCAACAGAGAAGAUCGGGCGCAGGCGCAAGAAGCAUACGGAGACACGAAUGCAGCAGACCCCGCUGGACGUCCCGAGCUAGAAGAGCCUGAUGUCGAUGCUGGAGGAGUGGAGGAUGAGCGAGAGGAAGCCAGCAAACCCACCAAAGCAGGAAAAGGCAAGAGGGGCCGCAAAAUCGCCAAGGGACGGGCAAAAUGA